UUUUUGAAUUUUGAAGUUUUCUGUCAGUUUUCAGAGAUUAACAUUAUUUAUGUUUUUUCAGAUAAAGUUUUAGUGUGAGAGUACUUACUACUAGACAUGGACUCGUAACCAGAGGACCCAGAAAAAGAAAAAGGUUAAAAAAAACAACACACAGACUCAUUGUGUUUCAGUUGUUGGGGCUUUCAAGUUCUUUUCUUUGAACAAAGUUUCUGCUGGACUUGGAAACUGAAUGAUUUAGUGGUUAUUGUUUCUACACGUAUGUACAUUUGCAGGGAAUAGAUAGAUGAUGGAUUUUUCGGACUCUACAAAACUUGUUUUUGGUAGAAUACAGGAGGUAGACCCAGAAAAUGUUACAAAGAUUAUAGGUUAUCUUCUUUUACAAGGUCAUGGGGAACACGAAAUGGCUCGCUUGGCCCUGGCUCCAGACCAUCUGUUUCACCAAGUGGUGCUGAAAGCUAAGGCUGAACUUCAGCGGUUGGCUAACAAAUCAGUGUCAUCCCCAAUCUCACCUUCCAUAAAUCCACCGUCCGCUGCUUUCGCCCCAUUUUCGCCUGUUUCUUCUAGGCCUCCUGCAGCCUUUCGGCUCCCAACCCCCUGUUGGGAUCCCCAACUUGUUUCUAAGCAGAACAUGGAUUUCAUGCCAUUCGGAUUCUCCGAUUCUACUGAGGAACUGCAAAACCAGGCUCGAUUUUUGAGUUUUGAGGAUCAAAUGGAACCACUCAAUUCCGGUAUUUCAGGAUACCCUGAUGAGUACUAUUAUCGGGAUGCUACACUCGGGGGAAGCUUAAGUCCUAGACAAGGUAGACGAUUUUCAAGUCUAGAGUUUCCCGUUAAAAUUUGUCACUACUUCAGUAAGGGCUUUUGUAAGCAUGGAAGCAGCUGUAAGUAUUACCAUGGACAAGUGAUUCCUGAGAGCUUCUCUCAGAUGUAUGGGAAUGAUGGCAUUAUUGAUGAUCAUGUUAUCUCGCCCAUGUCUCUUGAGAAGUUGGAGUGGGAAAUCGUCGAGCUGCUUAGAUCAAGAAGGGGGACUCCUAUUUCAAUUGCUUCUCUGCCAAUGAUGUAUUAUGAGAAAUACGGAAAAUCUCUUCAAGCAGAAGGCUACCUCACCGAAAGCCAGAGACAUGGGAAAGCUGGUUAUAGUUUGACAAAGCUUCUUGCUCGGCUUGGAAGCAGUAUACGGCUGAUUGACAGGCCUCAUGGGCAGCACGCAAUAAUUUUGGCAGAAGACUCAUUAAAAUACAUGGACCAUCGGAAUGAGAGAGGUGAUCCUGGUCCAAUUGUUAGUGGUUCUCGGCAAAUAUAUUUAACAUUUCCAGCUGACAGCACCUUUAGUGAAGAUGAUGUCUCCAACUACUUCAACACCUUUGGCCCUGUUGAAGAUGUAAGGAUCCCCUGCCAACCGAAAAGGAUGUUUGGGUUUGUAACCUUUGUUAAUGCAGACACUGUGACAAUGAUUUUGUCAAAAGGAAAUCCUCAUUUUGUUUGUGGGGCUCGUGUUCUUGUGAAACCUUACAGGGAAAAAUCAAAGCUUGCUGAAAGAAAGUACCAAGAGAGAAUGGAGCCAGCUGAUCAUUAUUCUCCACACUACUCAGAUAUGGAACCCGAGUUUCAUUCGAUGUCAAGAUGGUGUCAUAAUUCUAGAUUCCUGCGAAAGAAGCUGCUGGAAGAGCAAGAAUUUGCACUUGAACUUGAGAGGAGUAGGCUGGCUGAGCUGCAUUUUAUGCAAAAGCCAGUUGCAAAUCAGCCCUAUUCUGGUUACUUAAUGGAUGGGCGAAAAGUCUCGGAAGUUCAUGCAGAUAAUUUCAACGUCCCGCCUGCAGAAUGUUUUGAUUAUCUGUUAGAUGUUAUAAACAAUGGGUCCACAAGUGAUGAUAAACCCAAACAUACAGGCACCAACUACACCGAGCAAGAGAGUCAAGGACUUAAUCUCCCAGAUAGCCCAUUUGCAACUUCGAUAGCUAGUGGCAUUUCAGCUGUCAUAUAGGAUCAGUGACACAAAGAAGAUUAGAGUUAGGUACCAGUCCAAAAGGCAAUGAUAUGUUUGGUUCUACACAUAACAGCUCUCUUCCUUUUCUCGGCUUCAUUGGCGUUUGUCAAAAGUUUCCUGCAAGUACAUAUCGUCUGCAUGAAGAAACGCUAGAUGACAUUCCUCCCUAUCACUACUGGGUUGAACGACGUAAUUUGAUACUUAGAAGUACAGGUAAAAAUUAAUGUUGAUCACAGAAGGCAAAGACAGAUAGGUCUUUAUAUUUAGUCUUUUAGUGGAAGAAAGGUGUAGAGUAUAUGCAGGUGUUUCAGGGAGCUUAAUAAUAUACUGUUCAUAUUCAUAGCUCUGUCACCAUGAGCAAAAUGUGAACGAACUUCAACUACAAGUUUUAAGUACUACAUAUACUAGUUUGAUCAAA